CCAUUGUCGUAACCAUUUCGAUCGAUCGAUCGUUCGAUACACUUUUUCUCUAUCUCAUUGUUCUAUAUUGAUUGUUAUUGAUCUGUCGAUCAGGUGGCCACGAGUACAGUGUGCAGUCACUGCAAGAUGACGAUCGACAACGAGGAUCAGUUCCAUCAACACCUCCAGAAGCACUGCAACCCGGCCAACUCGAACGCCGGCCAAGUAGCAUUUCCCACGUCGUGCAUCAUAUGCAGGCAAACGCUCGUGUCGGACAUCGAGGUGAAGGUGCACGUGCACUAUCACCUGUCUCGGCUCAAGGAACCUCCGGCCGUGUGCGGCAACUGCAACCGGUACAAGCGGUCCGCGUCGUCGCCGUGCGCCGGCUGCAACCCGGUCAGGAACAGCGCCGCGGAACGGUGUCCGGACUGCGGUUCGGCGUUCGACGCUUUCGGUGCGCUGCAACACCACCUGACCACCGUCCACAGGAAACCGUUUCACUGUUUCAAGUGCAAGAUCGGGUUCGAAUCGCAGCAGGAAGCCACGAUCCACUUGGGCACCCACCUGGCCACGCUCAACGGUUCUGUGGACGGCAUCGAGUGCGGCCUGUGCCCUUGCGUGCUACCCACGGCCAACAGCCUUCAGACGCAUCUGAUCGAGCACACGUUCGCCGGAUGCAAAGCGUUCACGUGCUACCUGUGCUCGGCCAUAUUCACCGCACCCACCGGACUCCAGGCGCACAUGACCGUCGACCAUUCAGCCGAAACACCGCCGUACGACUGCCCCAGGCCCGGAUGCCAGGCCAAGUUCUUCUUCACCGCAGAGCUGGACCGGCACACUCUCGAGCACCAGGGACAGGACGUGCUGGCCAACAUGAAUUUCUACAAGUACCAAAACAAGCUGAUGUCCAUCUGCGAAAAACUGUCGUUUAAGUGCGCAGAGUGCUAUCAAAGUUUCUUGACACAAUCCGACUUGCAGUGUCACGUGUACGACCACCAUCGGCAGCAGAAGGACGCACCGCCGACGGGACCGGAAACGAAAGACGUGAAACAGGAAAUGAGCGGAUGCGUGGUGAACGGUAACGCGGAUGAAACACAGCCCUUGGACGGAUGCGAACUGUCCGAGAACCCGAUCAAAGUGGAGGAAGAUGGGGACGAGGUGAGCGUGAAAACGGAACUGCGCGAAAGAGACGACGAGGACGAAGAGAUGAUCGAUGUGGGAGUAAACAAUCGCGACGAGCUGAAGUUGGGAGCAGAUGAAGAAGAUCCGGAUAUGCGUUGACAUGGGUGUCGUCAAUGCUGGGGCAGCAGUCGGGUCUCGGGAUAGAGGGUCCCUGCCAAAAAUUUUUGUUAUUUUCAAACCACAUUGCAAAGAGAAAAAUCGCCUCAAAAUGUAUUAAGAUAAUCGAUAGACGUUUGACCUCGAUUGUCCCCGGAAACCUCCCCGAAAUUGUUGCUUAUAUAUUAAAUUUCACCGUCAUGAUGAUGAUUCAUGAGAAUACAGUUAUUAUUAUUAUUACGAUUAUUGUUUAUUAUCAUUGUUAUAUACACGCGCAAAUGAUACGCAUGAUAUUAGAGUAUAUUGUUUUUAAUAAGUAAAUUCGUAUUAUUGUUACAUAUUAUUAUUAUUACUAGCAGUAUAACAUAGUACACGUAAUACUCAGCGUGUUCUGUUUAUAUUAUUAUUAUUAUUAUUGUAUACAUCACAUAUUAUGAUUGUAUAUGUUGUGUUUACGGUGAAUAAUGCGCACACAUUUAAAGUUUUAGGUGGUGAAAUAUUAUUAUUAAUAUGACCUCGUCGAGGAAUGAAUUAUAUUAUUCGAGAUAAAUUAUGUUAUCACUUUCUUUUCGUACGUAAUAUAUUAAUACUUUUUAGCGUUAUUGUUCAUAAUAUUAUACAUUGUAUUAAACGAGUCUUACAUGUUUUUUAACGUCACUUAUUAGCUUAUAUUAUUAUUUAAAGUCUUAUAGGAUUUAUGUUUAUGUUGAAUGAUUCAUAUAGAUAUUCCGUUGUUUUAUUUUAUUUAUUAUUGUACAAAUAUCAUUAUAGUUCUAUUAUAUAAAAAAAACAUGUGUAUAUACAACGAUAAUGUCUUUAAGGGUUAUGGCUAUUUCUUAUGGUUAACAAUAUUUUGUUUUUAUUUUACUUUAACUUUAAUUGUGAUACUAUUUUAUCAAAACGGUUUUUAUUAUACACACCGUA